AGCCGAGGCGCCGUCGCGUCGCGGGGGACCCAGCCGGACAGACGGACAGACAGACGGACGCCGAGCUGAUUGGAGCACGGCCACCACCACCGUGGUUUUGGGCUUUACUCUAGCGGCCGUCCGUCCUGUAGUGCCUGUAGUCCGUGGGACCGGAUCGGAGCGGGAUCGCGGCGUGGAGCAGCCGACUGAGCGGACGGACUAGCGGGCAGCGAGCGGAGCGCGGCGAGCCGCACCGAGCCAAGCCGCCGAGCCGAGCCGCCGAGAGUCAGUCAGUCAGUCGCAGUCAUCGCCAGGCAAGCCAGAGGCAGCCAGAGGCAAGCCGCCGCACCGCCAGGCCGUCGCGAGUGCGGAGCGUGCGGAGUGCUUUGCCGUUGCGGCUGCAGUGGGCUGCAGUGCAGCGUUACCGUGGUGCAGGCAGCGAGGCAGCGAUCGCGAGCACCCCGACGAGGACCGCGAACCCACUGCGGAGCGCGUCCGCAGGUGGAUCUUAUCUUAUCGCGGGACAGAGCCGAUCGCGGCACUGCUGGGCGCGGCGUCCGCGGCGUCAGUGACAGUGAGCAGCGACGUGCCCACCGCGGCACCACCGCCAACGCCAUGCACCCCGUCACCAUCCUGGGCUGCGGCCUCCUGGUGUGCGUCGCCGCCCUCAGCACGUCGGCGCUGUCCGCCUCCGGCUACGACGCGGACUCGGUCACGACGGACACCCAAGCCAUGAUCUACCUGUCGCAGUACGGCUACCUGAGCCCCUCAGUGAAGAACCCUGCCAUGAGCCACCUCAUGUCGGAGGAGUCCGUCUCUAAGGCCAUCUCCGAGUUCCAGUCGUUCGUCGGGCUCAACAUCACCGGCAACCUGGACACGCAGACGCUGCGUAUGAUGAGCAUCCCCCGGUGUGGUGUCAAGGACAAGGUCGGCGUCGCCUCGGACCACCGCAGCAAGCGCUACGCCCUCCAAGGCAGCCGCUGGCGCGUCAAGAACCUCACCUACAAGAUCUCCAAGUACCCCUCCCGGCUGCGCAAGCGCGACGUCGACGAGGAGAUCAAGCAGGCCUUCAGCCUGUGGUCCGAGUACACGGACUUGACGUUCACGCCCAAGUCGAGCGGCUCGGUGCACAUCGAGAUCCGGUUCGAGCGCGGCGAGCACGGCGACGGCGACCCCUUCGACGGCCCCGGCGGCACCCUGGCGCACGCCUACUUCCCCGUCUACGGCGGCGACGCGCACUUCGACGACUCGGAGCGCUGGACCAUCAACUCGUUCACCGGCACCAACCUGAAGCAGGUGGCGGCGCACGAGUUCGGCCACUCCCUGGGGCUGUCCCACUCGGACGUCCGGGACGCGCUCAUGGCGCCCUUCUACCGCGGCUACGAGCCCAGCCUGUCGCUCGACUCGGACGACAUCGAGGGCAUCCAGGCGCUGUACGGCAGGAAAUCCCGGAACACGGAUCGCGACAGCGACAGCGCGGGAACCUCGAACCGACACACCACCGAGCCGCCCUCCGAGGAGGACGCCGAGCUGUGCACCAGCGCCUCCGUGGACACCAUGUUCAACUCGGCCGACGGCUCCACCUUCGCCUUCAAGGGCCAGCACUACUGGAAGCUGACGGAGGAGAGCAUCGCCCCCGGGUACCCACAGCGCAUCUCCAAGAGCUGGCCGGGGCUGCCGGGUGACAUCGACGCCGCCUUCACGUACGUCAAGAACGGCAAGACGUACUUCUUCAAGGGGUCGCAGUACUGGCGGUACACCGGCAAGAAGAUGGACCCCAACUACCCCAAGCCCAUCUCGGAAGGCUUCACCGGCAUCCCCGACAACCUGGACGCCGCCUUCGUCUGGAGCGGAAACGGCAAGAUCUACUUCUUCAAGCGUGACAAGUUCUGGCGGUUCGACCCCGCUCAGCGGCCCCCGGUCAAGAACACCUACCCCAAGCCCAUCGCCAACUGGGAAGGCCUGCCCAACGACCUGGACGCCGCCCUGCAGUACACCAACGGCUUCACCUACUUCUUCAAGGGCGGCCAGUACUACCGCUUCAACGACAGAGCCUUUGCUGUGGACGUCGCCAACCCGCCGUUCCCCCGGCCCGCUGGAUACUGGUGGUUCGGCUGCCGCUCGGCGACCAAAGGCACUAUGGGUAAUUUGCAGCUGGCGAACCAACCGCCCCGCUCGGAGCAGCAGGAGGUUCGCGACAAGGUGCUGUCCGCUCUCAUCGCCGCCGACCCCAAGCCCGGCCCCGGCGAGGGGGCGGUGGCGGGGGCCGCGGUGGCGGGGGCCGCGGCGCAGGGGGCCGGCAGCGGCGAGGAGUACGGCGCGGACCCGUCCCCGCGCGGUGGUCCGGACUCCGUGGACGACCUGAUCCUGGAUGCAGCGGGGCCUUCCGGAGAUGAACACGACCCCCAUGACGAGGAGAGCGCGGCUGCGUCUGCGCGCGGUUCGGCGGCGGUGGCGGCGCUGGUCGCCGUCGCGGUCCUCUUGGCGGGGCGCUGAGGAGCCUGCCGCCCCAGUGAGGCAAACUCUCCAAUCCGCGGCUCCGCGGUGCCUCCAUCGACGGGCCGCACAACCGAGUCGUCAUCUGACAGAGCAACGUAUCUGCAUGGGGGAUCCCACGGUAGAUACACUGUUUUGUACGGAUGCCACACAAUCUGCCUCUGAUCUCGCCGAAGCGCGCUGUGCCGCUGUGCCGCGCCGCCCCCAGGACUCGUCCAGGACUCGUUCGGCAACGUGUUGCAGUGUAGGGUACAUCACAAGCAAAGGCCCACGGAGGAGGCCUCCCAGUACUUACAGUCCAGGAACGCGAGACGCGCACUGCCCCAAGUCGCCACCCGUUCUGCUGCGUUACUCGGCUCGGCAGCUACUGAGGAGCUCUCUAAGCUUUCUCGACCAGAUUCCCGCUCGCCUGCGAAGCGCACGCGCGGUUCUCAGUGUUGGGUCUCUAACUUGACUUUUAAGAAAUAAUAAUUGUGACUGAAUUUAUGAUUUACUGUAGCUGUCCGGACAGACACGUUUCUUGACCACUUUUCUGUAAGUUUUCGUUUUUAAAGGGGGAGGAAGGAUUCUUCACCUGGUAACUUCUCUCCAAAUUUUAAUUUUGAAAUGGAGCUCUGUCCGGUCCCGGGGACCAAUAUGCUCUUUACUUGGGUUUCUGCUUCAAUCGGAGUCUGAUUUUAUUGGGCCGAAGACAAUACAUUAAUGGGGUAUUUCAGUGUUGUUUUUUUUAGCUAAGGAAACUUGGGGUGCUCGCCAUGGUGCCCAACCCGCAGUUUUAGUGGCAGCAUUUAGACCUAAUUUAGGCAACUGUGUCAAUGAGUGAGAAAAUGAGCUGUCGUGUGAAUGCGUGUGAGUCUGCGUAAGUCUUAAAGCGUCAUUAAUUAAGAAAGAUGACUGUGAUCCUGUACCUAUUUGUUCAAGUUGCAAUUGUGCGCAGCUCAAAAGUGUACAUAUAUCAUAACCGAAUUGUACAUUACAACUGUGACAUUUAAAUCGCUAGCUAAUAUGUAUUUCUUCUUUCUUUGUGAGAAAGCAAGAAAACUAAUAAAACGUUGGCAAGAUGUCAAA